UGGCUGGCAGUCUUUUCUAUCCUGUGGAGUUUCGCGUUGAUUGCUCUCAUCAUCUGUUUUGCCCUGCUCUCUGCUGGCAAGUUUGGUUUCGAGGACAGCUCGUGCCAUCCGGGUGGCGAGUUUAGUCCUUUUCGGAAUACCUUUAAUUGGUGGGCGCUCAAGGGAACGUUUCAGAUUACGUUGAGGAUGGGGGAUUUUGAUUUUGCUACGGCCAAGAUUAUUGACGUGAUAUGGGAUCUUGUGGUUGGUCGAGGAGGACAGACACUCCUCGCCUUGAUCUCAUGGCGGGCAUUCUCCGACUACCUUGCCGUCUCCAUCAUGACCAAGCCAGCAACCUACACGAUUGUGUGGCUUCUGAGAAUCCAGACAGACCCAUCCUUCGUCUCCAUCAUGGGCCUCCUGAACCAGUUCAUCUGGCGACGGGGCCUGGCCUCGAGAGCCGCCAUGUCCUUCAUGGUCGCCGCGGCUCUGUUGAUCCUGGAAUUUCCCACCGUCGCCAGUUCCAUGACCGGAUACACGACCGUCAACAAGGCCUACAUCGAGGUGCCGGAGACGGGCCUCGUCGAGUUUUCGGCAACUUAUCCGGGGGCGUAUGUGAUUCGUGACGGCUCGAGGAUUGGCCUACAUGACGGAUAUGUAGUGCGUUUUCGAGACGGUGCGAAAAAAUCUUCUUGA